AUGAACUCUAUCCGCGCGAUUCAGCAGCUGAAUAAGCGCGAACUCGAGGCUGGAAUCAGUCCUGAAGGCUCCUGGCAUACCGACUACCGCGACACCGCCUUCAUCUACAUUGGCGGCCUUCCCUUUGAACUCUCUGAGGGUGACAUCAUUACCAUAUUCUCCCAGUACGGUGAACCCGUAUGGAUCAAGCUCGCGCGCGACAAAGAGACAGGAAAGUCGAGGGGCUUCGCAUGGAUCAAAUAUGAGGAUCAACGGAGUUGCGACUUGGCGGUCGACAAUCUAGGCGGUGCCAGUAUUAUGGAUCGAAUUAUCAGAGUGGAUCAUGCACGAUACAAGCCCAAGGACGAUGAGGACAUGAGGGACAACACCAUGGGAGAGCUCGAUAUCGAUCCAGGAGUUGAGUCUGACAAUGGCAGGGGGAAGCGGCGCAAGACUGAAAGCGAAUCUGACUCGGACGAAGACCGACCGCUCCUGCCUGAAGAGAUUGAACUGGGUCGUCUCAUGGACAAGCUAGAUGAAGAAGACCCAAUACGCGACUCCCUGAUCAAGCGACAACAAGAAAAGGUGGACGAUGCAAUCAAAAGACUGAAGAAGCAGAAGCGCAAGGAGAAAGAGAGAGCAAAGAGAAAGGAUAGGCACAGCCGGAGAGAUGGAUCAAGAGACCGCGAUCGUGAUAGAGAGAGAAGGCGAAUUAAGGAACAUGGAGAGCACGAUGAGCGGGAUAGGCGCUCGCGGCGGAAGGAACAUCGGAGCAAGAGUCGUGAGAGGAGCAAAGAUCGCUCAGAAGACAGACAUGGUCGACGCCGAUCAGAACGAGCUCGAGAUGAAAGUGAGAAUUCUCGAGAUCGUCACCGAAAGCGCGACCGCCGGCGUUCGGCAUCCGGCGAAAGAGAGAGGAGGCACUCGCGCACAAGAGACGCACGUUCGCCCCUCCCAUACCGAGCGCGCUCCCCUUGA